GUGAAAACAAUAAUGAAUUUACACAGUGUAUAUGCGCGCAUCUGUAAACAAGAAAUCCCUUUUAGUCUCUGAUCUUGAAGAGGCGGGACUCAUCAUUAAGCUUUAAACCUCGCUUCAAGCUUCAAAGAGUUUAUUUCUCAUUUUUUCACAAAUUUAUUGUCUUUUUAUCGUGAAUCUUCAGGCUCUUUGAUGGCGAAAGCGAAGAACAAGACCCAGUUGUUACUCCAGUUUUGAAGCUAUCCAUAAACGAUGGUACUCAAUGAGGCACUUAGAGCCAGGGUGGCUUCUCUCUUGGGGCCAUGGCUGGAAGAAGAAGCCGAGCUUGACCUGAAAUUAGGGUUUCUGGAAUCGAAGGGUUCUGCGAAGAAUCUUCUCCUGAAUGUGUCUGCUCUCAAUCGAGUUAUUAAUGAGUCAAACUCUCCUGUUGAGUUUGAGGUGGCAAGGAUUGAGCACCUGCAAUUUAUGCUUAAGCCAUGGUCGAGAUAUGCAUUCACUUUUGAAGUUCAUGGCGUUCAUGUGACCCUAACUCCAAGGGGCAUGGGGAGCUCUUCAGGAGGAAGAGUCAGAGCAGGCCGUUGGAGUGAGCAAACCCAGAAGGAAAUGCUUGCUCUCCUUGAUCCUGAGGGGACAUUUUGGCAUGAGACAUUACGGAGAAUUUCAACUACCACAAACUCAGAACCUUGGUUAUCAACUGCUUUGACAAAUGCGAUUCUUCAGCAUUGCCGAGUGCAGCUUCAUGAUGUUCGUAUCCAAUUGCCAUUGUCCAGGAAAAAUGAAUUGUCCAUGGGAGCUGCAGGUGAUACAUCGCAUGAUCUUUUUCUGAGGGUAAAGGAAGUCAGCAUGGUAAGUAAGCUAUAUGACUACCAUAGAUUCUUUAGAAGACUUUUUUUGUUCUCUUUUACUGCCUCAAAGAUGCAGUUCACUGGUUUUUAGUGUUAAAGGUUUUGAGGUUGGCUUGAAGAAAAAAGAUCAGGUGUCAGUCGGUUGUAGUGACCAUAGAAUUUAUAUCAGAGACUCUUCAAUUCAUGUGGGACUGAGUCAUCUCCAAUUGAGAGACUUUCACGCUUAUUUCCCUGAAAUAAGCUCUGGGUUUUGUCCACAAGAUCUUUUUGUUCUUCUUCUAGCUUAUGAGGUGCUAGAUACAGGGAAUUCAAGACAAGCAAUGCGCAAUAAAACCACAGAAUCUUCUGAAAAAGUCGAGAACGUGAUAAAUGGUAAGGAACUGUGGAAGAGAGCUGCUUGUAGAAUCAGCGGUUUGACUGCAAGGCUUUAUCUUCAAAGAUUGGUUGAUACUGUUAUCAUUUGGAAACGUUAUGUUCAUGCUUAUGAGACAUUGUUGUUGCAAGUUGGGUACUGUGCUGAUACUGUUCUCACCAAGAUGAGCUCUACGUGCACAAGAGACAGAGGAUCAUUCCGUUACAUUAAUUGCUUAUGGUUGGAGGUUUGUGGAAUUGAAAAGAAGCUACCUGUUGAAGCAGUGGCAGUGGCACGGCGAGUUGCGCGUUAUAGGGCAAAAGCACAUUCUAAAAACAUAACAUCAGAAUCCAUGUGCAACAGUUACAUCAUGAACAUGCAUCGUGUUCUUGGGGUCCUCUUCUCAUUGAUUAAAUGCCUUUGCAGAGUGAUAUACAUCCCCUUCUUCUUUCUAUUCAUGACAUUGUGUAAAUUACUGAGAUUUGUAUCUUGUUUACUUUGGUUCACAAGUCAUGAUGGUUAUGAUCAAUGGUUAGAAAAUGAAAUGCCCUCACCUGUGUUCAAGAGUGGCUCUCAUGUCAGAGGGCAUGAGAGUUCCAAGACACAACAAUGCUUCACUCUCAACAUAGGGAGAAUUUUUAUUCGCAUUUCUCACGAAAAUAGGGCACAACUUACCAAUAGACGAAAAACAGAUGCGGUGAAUAAGCCUCCUGGAAUACUUCUAGGUUCGGUUAUUUUUGUUUUAAAUUCUCUUUGUUUGUCUUAUGAUGUGAAUGACAGUGCAAACUUUUUGUCAUUGACCUAUGGACAAUUUGACAUUCAAUUCUCUCCUUCAUCAAGAAUGAAAAAGGAAGCAAACCAGUUGGAGAAAGAGGGUAACUUUGAAGGUAUUGAAUUCGAGGCGGAUGUUGUGGAUGGUCAUGAUUUCAAGAAGAUAUUGUGGAGCAUGCCUGCUCCACAGGUUCAGCAAAAGGGAAAAGGUAAUUCAAUUAAUUAUGGAAAUGAUUUCAGAAAUGCAUGGACCAUGCUUUUGGAAAAUCAUCUAAGUGAAAUGUGGUCAGAUUGGAAGAUAAGUACCGACUUCUGUAUAGCUAAAGGUAUACCAUGUUCACGAGAACCUUUCCUUAUUCUUGAAGUAAAAGCUUUUGCUAUCAACCCAUAUCUUAAUGGUUGUGGCUCUGGAUUCUUGAAAAUUGGAUUGGCUGCUGGAAAAUUGAAUUUUGAUUUGGAUCAUUCAACCAUGGCUUCUGUUUCUCUGCUAGUUAUGCAGCUAAAAUAUGCUCUCUGUAAUACUUCAACAAGAUGCGGGCUUGAGAAGGUUUCUUCACAUUCCUCUACCAAUAUAAAUGGGCAACCUUCUUUCUGGUGGGGACAAAAAUAUGGGUCUUUUAUUAAUAACAUGAAGAAAGCAUUCCCACACUUUGUCCCUGAGAAGAACGUUCAGGUUGGAGUAGCUAUAGCUGGCCCUAAUGUCCAUAUCUCUAUACCAAGACAAGGAUCAUUGAGGUCCAUGAAUGAUAUGUUUGCUGCUAAUGUCCAUGAUAACUACUCAUACACACUUGGUUUGGAAAAGAUUGAACUGGCUUUUUGGCCAGCUUCUAGUACGCUUUUAUGUGCAUUGGAUGUGCCCCAUUCGGGUGAAGCAACAUCUGAAUAUGUUUGGUUGAAGAAGCCUCCUUUAGCUAAUAUUCUUAAACACAGUUCAAACGGCAGUUAUAACUCCCAGGAGAGAUUGAUACAUAAUGCUCACCUAAGUUUGGAAGGUGUGUAUGUUUUCAUGGAGGAACUAGUAGAAAAUCGUAGACUUCAAGUCAUUGAUCCUGUGUCAAUAACUCUGCAGUCAACAUCUUACAGAGAAGAUCUUAUUUCUCUCACAUCUGCUGUAAGGGCCUUAUCAAUCACAUUGGGUGGUAUGAUGACAGGAUUGACCAUUACAGUAUAUAUCAAUGAGCUGUUGGCUUGCAUUCAGGUACUUUCAGGCAUGCUUUCAGCCAUUCCAUUUGCUUUUUGUUCUGUUGAAUCUGAAAGAGGCCUUCCAGUUAGAGCAUCUCCUGAUUAUGGCAACUCAUCAACUCAAAGAGAUGCCAUUACUAAUGGAAAUGACAGGGACAGAUCAAAAUCUGAAAAUUUUUUUGCAAUCUCCAUUUUCAAGGAUACAAGUUUUCUAGUUGAUUUUAUUCUUGAGCUGAGCUCAAUAAAUGUAGUUCUUGAGAACAGUUGGAUCCAUCUUUUGCAUACUGAUAUUACUAAAGGUGGUUAUGCUUCAAGUAGUUCUCCUUUGAGUGGCGCAAUACACGGCAUUCUCAGUGCACCGGAGCUUGGGCUUGGAUUAUCUGUUCAGAAGUCCUGCUUACACUUAUCUUUCGAAGAACUAGGUCCGUCUCACAUGCUCUUUGAUGUAUCUGGAAUUCAAGCUGCGAUUCUCAGAUGUCAAAGCAUUUCUGAGGCGGAAGGGAGAGUACUGCAUCUUCAAUCUGCUGAUAUCAUAUAUGAUUUCUCCAUAUCUGACUUUAAUUUCUCUGUGGAUACUUGGCCUGAUAUUUGUGUUUCAUCUCCUGAAAUGAUAAAUAGUACAGAUGGCAAUUCUAGUAUCAGCUGGAAAGAUUGGUACAACUUCAGGGAUUCUGCCACUAUAACUCCUGAUUCACCUUGUUGGUUGCUGUUAAAUGCUACACUUGGUGAGAGUAUCUUGCUAGAUCAUUCCUUGAAGAAUUCUAUUAAAAUCUCAUCCCAGGAAGCGUCAUCUUGGAAUAAGCUUCAAGUCUUACUAUCUGUUGGGCGAGAAUUUCAGUCGUUAUCAUGUGAUAUUGAGGGUGGCCUCAUUGUACUUGAAACGAAGGCUCUGGUGAUGUUCAUGAAUUGUUUGGGAAAGUACCAUCAGUUCAUAACAAAUGCCUUGUCCUGUAUUCCAUGUUCUCUAAAUAACCCAUCCCGAGAGCAAGGUGAAGCAAGUGGGACACAAGAAAUCAUGGAUUAUCCUGACACUGGGAUUAUUCAAGGUGAAGGUUCCUCAGAUUCCACAAUGGAAGCAGCAGUAUCAAAAUCUGAAAUGAAGUGGAAAUUUAUGGAGGAUUUUAUGAUUAGAGUGUCUUCUUUUUCCUUGGGGCUAGCUGUUGCAGAUUCAUCGGUUGGGAUUUGGGAGGUCCUUUUGGAAGUUGACUUCCAGCUAAAGCAUGAAAUGAUUGAUUUAAGAAGGAAAAUGAUAUUUGACCUUUCUCGUUUCACAAUCGCUGCUCCACAGCUGCGAAAAGGCUGCGAUGUUCAAAGAAGUGAAGUCCAAAUCCCCCAUUUCCAUUCUGGCUCAUUGGAUGAUUCAUUGUCUAAUAAAGGCAGUGGAGAUCUUAUUCACACUUCUCCAGUCACAAAAAGUAUGUUGGAAGUUGUAGAUGAUGAAUUUUCUUCAAAACCUCUGGCACCCCAGGGAGAGCACUCAAUUGAUGGUGGCAAAUAUGAAAAAGGUUCUUGGCAUGGUCAUUAUAUCUUGAAACAAAUGUCUGCUUCCAUCAAGAUUGAAGAACCUCCACCAGAAGCCAUGCAUGACCUCCUUCUGAGAUAUAGGGCACAAUGGGUUGGUGGUGGUUCGUUCUCUGGCCUCCAUUUGGCAUUUACGACAUCUGAAAUUCAGAUACUUCUGGGUCUUACUGAUCCCUUAUUUGAGAUAUCCACUGGCAAAGCAAAUGAUGGCACAAGACAAUUGGUUGGCUCUUGGUAUGAACAGGCUGAUGGUAGGCAUGAAGACAAGAUUCCUGAUGGAAGUAUUGUGGUUAUUGAAGAUCUUGACCAGCACAUGUAUUUGACUGUUGAAACUGGAGAAAAUAAGUAUCGUUUAGGUGGUGCACUUCAUUAUUCUCUUGUUGGAGAAAGGGCUUUAUUCAGGGUGGCUUAUCAUCGAAGGAAAUGGGGUUCCCCCACAGCAUGCUUCUCCUUGGUUUCACUGUGUGCAAAGAAUGAUGUUGGUGAACCAUUACGCGUGAACUUCCAGGCAGGUUCAGGAUUUGUUGAUGUCUCUGCAGCUGAUGAUAAGAGUUGGGCUUGUUGGAAAACUGUUCCUUGUCGGCCUAAAUAUUAUGAGGGCAGUGAUGAAUUGGAAGUUUGCAACAACUUGCUGAAAGGAGCAUUUUACCUUGUGAACCAGAAGAAUGAUUGUGCAGUUGCUUUUAUUGACGGCCUUCCACAAUUUGUGAAGAAGCCAGGAAAUCCAUUUAAAGCAAAGAUUUUAUUGAAUUUAUCACUGAGAAAGGCUAUCACAGCACCAGAGGCUUCCGAUACUUAUACAAGCAAACCGGGUGAAAUAGAUGGGGUAUCGAAGUCACUUCUAAGGGAUGAAGCAAAUAGAUCAGUGCUUCCUCACCAUCCUUCGUAUGUAAAUAUUACCACUGAUAAGAUUUCUGUGACACUACUUUAUGAAGUCUCAGGUACAAAUGACAAUAUUCCUCUUCUUCGAUGGUUCAUUGAUAAUGCUCAAUUUAUUGUUCAAGUUUCACCUUCAAAAAUGAGGCUCAUAAGUACACUGAGCUUCUUGAUUGAGAGCUUUGAUACCCUGAACAACUCCUGGAGGGAAAUGGUUCUCCCUGUCGCAAUUGGUAUUUUCUGUCGUACCAGCCUUGUAAACAAUGACUUAGGACUUGUUAAAAAAAGAGUGACUUCUCAUUUACAUUGUAAUAUAAAUAAGGUGGACAUGUUGAAUUUAAUUUGGUGUCAUUUUCAGGUGGACAUGUGUUUAUCUGAGCUUUCACUAGAUGCACUUCUCUUUUUAACCGGAGAACUAAAUUUGGCUGGUCCUUUUUCGGUCAGACAUCCACUCAACUCGGCUGCCUGUUUUAAGGUAAAGAACCUUUCAGGUUUAAGUCUUCUCUGUCGUUUUGAAGAUGAGAGAGAUGCUGUAAUUGCCGCAAAUCAAUGUGGUUCAUUCCUUAUAAGGAAACCGCAAACCACUACUUCUGUAUCUCUUCAGCUUGUUGUUCCUGGGGUUUGUUUCACUUCUCCAAUUCAUAAAUCAAUUUUGGAUGCUGGAGUAUCUGCAUGGAGAACACGCAUAGUAUCUAUAGCAGAUUCCAGAAUUCUACCUGGACCAUUAAUUGUGGUUGACAUUUCUAAAAGGUCACAGGAUGGCCUGUCUCUUGUGAUUUCCCCAAUGCUAAAAAUACAUAAUGAAAGUGGUUUUACUUUGGAGUUACGUUGUCGACGGCCACAAGAGAUUAAUGAUGAAUCUCCAACAGUGUUGCUGAGGAAUGGUGACUCAAUUGAUGACUCAAUGGCAGCCUCAGAUGCAUUGAACAUGACUGGGGGUCUGAGAAGGGCAUUACUGUCAUUGAGUCUUGGUAACUUUCUUCUGUCUUUCAGGCCAAAAGAUUCUGAGUAUUUUAGGGAUUUUGGGCCAGCAGUUUCAAUGGAGUGGUCAGAGGAGUUGAAAGGUGGAAAGGCUGUUCGUGUUUCAGGAUUAUUUGAUAAAUUAAGUUACCAUUUCAGGAAGACUUUUGGCAGUGAAUCAGUGAAAUCAACCUUUAACACCAUUCGUUGUACUCUCAGUGUGCAAGGUUCAAAGAUUACUGAUCUCAAUUUCCUAGUUCAGAGAAUAGGAAGAGAUGUCCCUGUUUGGAGGCUUCGCAACGUGUCCGAUUCAUCAGAAGUUGGCUCUUCUCACAUUACAUUGCAAGAGCAAAAAGAAAUCUUCAUUUUACCUUCAGUUCAUGUGUACAAUAAUCUGCAAUCAGAGAUUACUGUUGUCUUAGCUGAAAGUCUUUCAGGUCUAAAUGUUGCUGAACCAUACAGUUUUAUUGGCAAGCGAGCAACAAUUCCUGCUGGAGCUAGUGCUCAUUUAUAUGCAAAUCCUUGUGUAAUCAUUUUCGUAGUAACUUUACCUGAAUAUAAUAUGACAUGCAAACCUGUUAGCACCAGUGACUGGUUGAAGAAGAUGCACAAGCUGAAAGAUGAAGUUCCUAAUUUGGAUAUAGAAUUGGAUUUUGGUGGUGGGAAAUUUCUUGCUUAUUUACGAUUGUUGCGGGGGAAGCAUGGUGUCUUGGAGGCUGCAGUUUUUACAAGAUAUACACUCAAGAAUGUAACUGACCUUUCUUUACUUUGUCUUGCAUCCAAGCAAAAGUCUCUCUCCAGGGGAAAUGUUAUGACCCUUCCACUAGAGCAUGGUUUUCUUUUGCCACCUGGAUCUUCGAUGUCAUGGUUCUUGAAAUCAAACAGAGUGCUUCUAACACGCGUGGAAGAUAAUUCAUCUGAAUCACUACUAGACUUGGAGUGGCUAUCAGGUUUUACAGAAAUAUGCUUAGAAGUUCCCGAAGAGUCAGGAUUCACGGCUAUUACGAAGUUGGGAGUGUCAUUGCAGGCAGUUUCAUCUGAAGUGAUCUUGCCAGCAGAACUUGUAUCUAUAGUCCCAAGAUAUGUUGUUUUUAAUGAAUCACAGGAGGAUAUCUUUGUCCGUCAAUGUCAUUUACAGGAUGAUGCUGCUGGUGUUAUUUCUGUCAACAAUAAACAAAAAGCGAUGCUAUAUUUGCACAGUGGUUCUGGGGAGAGAAGCCAGAUGAGCAUUUUUGAUAGCAUUGUUAGAAGGCAUAGAAAUGCAGAUGAGAGUUUUUUCUUUAUCCAGUUUUCGCUGAAAGACAUCGGAUUGGGGUGGUCUGGACCAGUUUGUGUUGCUUCACUUGGGAACUUCUUUGUAAAGUUUAGAAGGCAACCAUUUACCCUUGGAUCUGAUCAAUCAACACAAAGCAACAUGAAUGAAAUCAAUAAACCAAAAUUUGCAGCUAUAAAUAUUGCAGAAGAAGAUUGUAGUAUUGUUAUUCACUUCCGUAUGAAGCCAGAUUUUAUUUUACCAUAUCGAAUCGAGAAUCAUUUGCAUAACAUGUCUGUCACAUAUUAUCAGAAGGGAUGUACAGAUCUUGAGGUUCUAAGCAGUGGUAGUUCUGUUGAUUAUGUUUGGGAUGAUCUCACAUUGUUACAUAAACUAGUUGUGCAAGUUGCUGAUGCCCAGCUGUUUCGUGAAAUUAGCAUAGACAAACUUUGUGCAUGGAAACCUUUCCGCAAAUUAAGGCAAAAUAAAGGUUUACCUGUACAUUUUCCAUUUGAUCGUAAUUUAAGGGGAGGAAAAGAGAAAAGUGACAAAGAUGGUGGUUUACAUGGACUGGAAAUGCUUAGGGUGGGAUAUGAGGUUUAUGCUGAUGGCCCAACAAGGGUAUUGCGAAUUUGUGAGCUGGUUAAUAGUUGCAUGCAGAGAGAUGAAGUCCAGAGGUUAUUCCCAUGCACUAAGAUUGGGCUUAGAACCUCAUCUUUUGCCAUCCGUUUACUCGAGAGUGUAAAACCGAAGAAUGAUGAUGCUAGUGAGACAUCCAUGUAUUCAGAGAUUAUAGUUACAAGGCUCGGAGGUUCCAUUCUUGAUUGUAUCCUAAGUGAUCAGCACAAAUUGGGUCAGAUCAGAAUACAAUCUUUGAAUGUCGACGAAAAAUGGCAAGGUGCUCCCUUUGCAGCAAUGCUUCGGAGAAAUCAACAGGAGGGCAUUGACAUGAAUGAUCACAUUCUUAUGAUUGAAUUUGUUCUGUAUUCACCUGAUUCUGGCAUUAAGCAAGUGAAAUAUUCUUCUUUUAUUCUACAGCCUAUUGAUUUGAAUCUUGAUGAGGAGACUUUAAUGAAGCUUGUUCCAUUUUGGCGAACCUCACAUAGUCAGAGUAAGGCAGGCAGCCAGCAAAUUUACUUAAAACACUUUGAAAUCCAUCCAGUUAAGAUCAUAGCGAGCCUCCUUCCAGGGUCUCCACAUGCAGGUUAUACUUCAGCCCAAGAGACCUUGCGCUCAUUAUUACAUACUGUGACAAAGAUCCCGACCGUAAAAGGUAUAGUUGUGGAGCUCAACGGUAUCCUCCUUUCUCAUGCUUUAGUAACAGUGCGUGAAUUGCGUGUAAAAUGUGCUCGACACUACUCAUGGUAUGCUUUGAGAGCCAUAUAUAUUGCGAAAGGAAGUCCACUGCUGCCGCCUGCUUUUGCUUCUCUCUUUGAUGACUCAGCAUCUUCAUCCCUUGAUUUUUUCUUUGAUCCAUCAAGCAAAUCCAUUAAUCUAGGAGGGCUCACUUUAGGUAUGUUUCGAUUUGUUAGUAAGUGUAUCAAUACCAAAGGAUUCUCUGGAACAAAGCGCUACUUUGGAGACUUGGGGAAAACAGUAAAGAAGGCGGGAUCGCAUUUACUAUUUGCGGCAAUUACAGAAAUCUCUGAUAGUGUCUUGAAAGGGGCAGAAGCGAGUGGUUUUAAUGGCAUGGUGAUUGGUUUCCACCAAGGUAUAUUGAAGCUGGCUAUGGAGCCGACACUUUUAGGUGCUGCUGUCAUGGAAGGGGGUCCAAAUAGAAGGAUCAAGCUUGAUCGCAACCCUGGGGUUGAUGAGUUAUAUAUUGAAGGCUACCUACAGGCAAUGCUGGAUGUGCUGUAUAAACAAGAAUAUCUUAGAGUCAAAGUUUUCGAUGACCAGGUCCUCCUGAAAAAUCUACCCCCAAACAGUUCCCUAAUUGAUGAGAUUAUGAAAAAUGUGAAGAGUUUCCUCAUCAGUGAGGCACUACUAAAAGGCGACCCAUCUCAUACAACCUCUCGAUCCUUGCGUCUCUUGCGAGGAGAAAAUGAAUGGAAAAUCGGUCCAACAGUGCUAACUCUAUGCGAACACCUCUUUGUGAGCUUUGUAAUCCGCACGUUGAGGAAGCAAGCAGGCAAAGUCAUUGGGGGCAUAAAAUGGAAAAGGAAAUCAGAAAGUGGAGACAGUGAUCAGUCAAUUGAUACUUCCUCAAAAGGGAGUAACGCAAAGCUUAGCAGAAAGGGAGCUCUGGGCAAGUUCGUAUUGUCGAGUUUAAUAGCUUAUAUCGAUGGAAGGCUUUGCCGACACAUUCCAAAUGCCAUCUCAAGAAGAAUAGUUAGUGGGUUUUUGUUGAGUUUCCUCGAUAACAAUGACAAAGGAUGAGGUUUUACCAGAAUAAUUUUGUAAGCAGCCGGAGAGUGUACAUGCAGUGACAAACUGUUGCUUCUGUGGAAAGAGAGGCAACUAACGCGUAUAUCCUCGCUGCUUCUCUGUAAAGAGCUUAAAAUGUAACCAAAAACACAUCAACUGCGGAACCGAGCUCCAAAAAGUGUAAAUCCUUGUGUAGUUGAUCAUUCAUAUAGCUGGGCCUUGAUUCUUCUUCUC